UGUUGAAGAGCCAAAGUAAAUUAAGAGAGAGCGAAGAGCAAAGCAUGUCGACCAGAACAGUGGCCAUAGACGGGCUAUGGCUUUGCUUCCGGCCUUCGCUAGGCCGUUUGCUGUCUGAAUCACCAAGACAGCGUUUUCCAGCUGACAAUGCCGCUCCGUCGCCGAGGCGCAGAGCUUUCCACUGCUCCCCCAGAUCCGCAUUCUCUGCGGCAUUCAAUCAGCUGAGUAUUGCUAAACCAGUCAAUUCCUCGAUGCCAGAGUCAUAUACUGCAGAAGGUAGCCAGGGCAAGGAACAGACUGGCUCCAAGUCAAAAUCAGCGUCCAGUCUUCAUAGAACACCCCGACCGAGGGAACAGAAGACAGUAAGGAAGCUCUUACGGCAGAGCAAAAUACCGUCGGAUCUUAGCCAGAGAACGGAAGGAAAUUUGGAGAAUAUACUGCAGAAUGUAGUUGAAAAGCUACCCAACCAUACUGCUGCUCUAGAUGUUGUUACGGAGCUUGUACGGAGGAGGCAUGUGCGCCCGCAGACUCGGCAUUAUCGUGCGAUGAUACUUGCGAAUACUCAAUGUAUCAGAGGCUCGGCUAAGCAAGUAGAGGCACUGUUAGAUGACAUGAAGGAGAAUGGAAUAAUGGUGGACUCAGGGACUUUGCAUGCUGCAUUAAAGGUGAGUUGCUGCAGAGUAUUGUCUUCUGUCUGUUGGUUAGAAUAGCUUGCUGACAAUAUAUACUCAUCUGUUAGGCCCUGGCUGUACACCCCGAUUAUCUGCUUCGUUCCGAAAUCAUACGGAAACUCCGAGAGCGAUGGAUAUCACUUAGCCCGACAGGUUGGCAUAAUAUAGUGACGGGAUAUAUUCGAGAAGGACAAUUUGAAAUGGCACUGGAGACUCUAGAGCACAUGGAGUUGCAGCAUGUACCUGUCCAAGGCUGGCUUCACUCACUCCUCCUCUACAACCUUGCGGAAUAUGGAGAGUUCGAGGAGGUACUGCACUUGUUGCGAUCUAGAGUUGAAGCUGGCCUGACACUAUCGCCAAAUUUAUGGCACCGUUUACUGGACAUCUCAAGUGCUGCGAUGCAUCCUGAAUUGACCCAGUUUAUCUGGGAACAACAGGUCGAGCUAGGCCAUUUGAAUCCACCAUACGGUAUCUGUGACAAUGUGCUUGCUAUCAGCGCUCGAACAGGCAACGCCAGACUGGCGGCGUCGGUUUUUAAGGUGUUAGGAAACCGCAAUGGUGUACUAACCUUAAAUGAUUAUGAAUCACUUGUUGAUACGUACGUUGAGUCUGGUGACGUCGAAUCAGCGAUUCGCAUCCUCUGCAGCAUGGACAGCAGCAGUAUCGGAGUCAAAACCGGCUCUACUAGAUCACUCCUAUCUCAUCUCAUUAUGACCGGAUCAAAGCCGACGGAUGUUUGGGAUACGUUCAAGCGGAUGAAAAAAGAGGAAGAUCUAGUUUUCCCUCUGCCCCUUCUAAAUGUUGCGCUGGAACUCUGUGCUCAUCUAGGUGAUGCGAAGACCGCAUGGGACUUAUACCGGGAACUUCAUACCCUCUGCUCCUCUAGUGUGGAGACAUCAACCUUCAACAUCCUGUUCAAGGCAUGCCGCGGGUCCAACGAUGCUGAUCUGGCCGGCUACUUUGUGCAAGAGAUGAUACAGAUGAAGAUACUUCCCGACCGCAAAACCUACGAGAAUCUAGUCCUGCUUUGUGUUGAGAUCUCUCGUUUCGAAACGGCAUAUAAAUAUCUCGUUGAAAUGAGUGGCUCCGGAUUCGAGUUGUCAAGACAAGCAAAGGAAGAUAUUCGCGCUAAGUGUGACGGACAGGAAGAUCCACAUGCCUCCAAGAUUAUCCAUGACUCCGCUGUCCGCAAGCCGGCUUCUCGAGGCAUCAUAAGGCCCCAUCGUGUACGGCGCUCGUUUACUAUCCCGGCCAGGGGUAAAGGAGUGGAGCCAGGGGAGGUGAAAAGAAUAGACGCAACGGGUCAGUACGAGCAUGGGGACUAGACUUGGCUUCACCUAUGUAUAUCACUGUGCAAUAUCCAAUGUAUUAUAGCUAUCUAUCAAGCAUGUUUAAUGUAGUCUUGCAUUAUGUGUUUCUAUAACCUCUAAGAUAGGCCAAGCCUUGUGCCAAGCCUAGAAAGACUACGGGUGACAUCAUCCCGCAUUCUUCUUCCUUGCUCGGACAUCUUUAAAUGCAGGACAAGACGACGAUGGACGCCAGGGCAGACAUCAAAUUGUAAAAUUUACGGAGUACAAUGGUGAGCGAUACUCGAUGGAUGCCUAUAUCUGCGACAUGUCUUCUAACCUCUCACGAUAGGCCUCCGUUCUCCGGCGAAUCGUGGCAGGUCCACGAAAUCAGCACCCAGAGGCAAGCCUUGAUCUGUGCUAUGUUACCGAUGACAGUAAGUAGAUCAUGUACCAUACUUAUAUCUGGAUCAAUGCGCUCUAUGCAGCGAUGUACACCAAUAUACUAAACUAUAUCGCAGUAAUAGCAACAUCAGGCCCUUCUUCGACCUACCCUAAGCGCGCGUACCGAAACCCUACAGAAGAUUUGGUCCGUUUCCUCGACUCAAAACACGGAGAAGAUUGGUCGAUAUUUGAAUUCCGCGCUGAAGGAACUGGAUAUCCUGAUGAUGAAGUAUAUGGGCGGAUUCACCAUUUCCCAUGGCCGGAUCAUCACCCACCCCCGUUUGGACUGAUACCCUCACUCAUGGCCAGCAUGCGAAAUUGGAUAAAUGGCGAGGGGAAAGGUAAAAGGGUCGCCGUGGUACACUGCAAAGCAGGCAAAGGUAGAAGUGGAACUGUUGCCUGCAGCUAUCUGAUCAGUGAGCAGGGCUGGAGCGCAGAAGAUGCGAUGAAACAGUUCACGGAGCGCAGGAUGAGGGCUGGAUUUGGCGCCGGCGUGAGCAUACCCAGUCAAGUUCGGUGGGUGAACUACGUUGAACGGUGGAAAAAUGUGUUCAGCAAGAUAUAUGUCGAACGACCUGUUGAGAUUGUUGAGAUUCAUAUCUGGGGUUUGAGGAAGGGACUUAAAAUCGAUGUAGAAGGAUUUGUGGAUGAAGGCCGAAAGAUAAAACGCUUCCAUCGGUUCGGCAAAGAUGAGUUCUUCUACCAGAAUGGCGGCAGUGUACCGCAAGAUGCUUCAUCUUCUGGAGAGGAAGAGCAAGAGAAGGGAGCGGAUAAGCCAGACGUUUCGUCCUCAAACGCAUCGUCUACUCCAGUCCAGUCUGCUCGGGAACUCACAGAGCCGGAGCCUGUGACUGAAGCAGCGUGGUCGGCUCUCGCCUCUGCUCCGGCUGAUUCAACGGACAAUGUCGUUCUUCGGCCCAAAAACCCAGUCAUUGUUCCGACCUCAGAUGUGAACAUCGACUUUGAACGGCGGGCCGUGGUAUCAUACACAGAUUGGUCUAUGAUAACCUCUGUCGGCCACGUCUGGUUCAACGCCUAUUUCGAAGGU